AUCCGCUUGCUUUCUUGGGAGCCAAGCAGAAAACAAAGGAUAACAGCAAUGGGAGAAGUUGACCGAAAGCCCUCCCUGGUACCAUUGAGCGAAUUGAAGAAAUCGAUUGAGAUAAUCUCCCUUUCUUCCUCAGAAGAAGACGAUAGUCCAAUUAGGCCUAUAUUCUGCCUUAAAAGAAGAGAUGACAUAAAACGGGUCGAGGAAUCUGAGGACUGCUUCAUCUUAGAGUUUGAUCCUUUUGAGUCGGUUGACCUAUCGAAGCUCGCUUUGGAGAAGAAGAACCCUCCUGACGAAGAUGUCAGUGAUCUCUCUAUUAUUGCUGAAAAGGGCGAGGUAGCGUGCAGAGAUUAUCCGCAUUCAAGACAUCUGUGUCUCAAAUUUCCGUUCAGUACGAAGCCUCACGAAAGCUACUGUGAAAUGUGCUAUUGUUAUGUCUGCGAUUCAGCUGCCCCAUGUAAGUACUGGAAUUCUCACUGCCAUGCCCACAGUAUUGAUUACUGGAAGGACAAGAGGAACGUUCACAAACAACAAGUGGAGAUGCAGAAGCAACUAGUUUCUCACAAAUGAGAAAUACUCUUGCUUGACACGAUCCUUGUGUCUUUAAAAGGUUUAUGCGAAAGAAAAAAGACUUAUUUUUUGUUAUGAUGCUGCCAAAUCCAUAGUUGGCAUUUGACUUUUUGGGUAGUGUAUAUCCGUAACUUAACACAUGCAGAGGACACCGGGGGCUAACUCUUGAAGUAUAUCAGAGCAAUGCCCUUGAUGGUUUAAUUAUCAAUUGCUCUUCCAAAGAAUUGCUUAGGCUAGGUUUAAGUUGGGUUUUGUAAAGAUGUUAAAAGCCCAUGGUAUUUAUAUGUAAUUUCUUGCCUAAUUCCAGCUCGGAGGUGCUGGAAGAAGAUGGAU